UAAUUUCUUGCAGCACGUUUGAGCUAAAGAUAUAAAUGGGGUUUGACUCUCAGCUUCUGGGGUUGAAGAGUGUCGAUUUAAGUUGGGGUGGAUCAGAAGGGGGUCUGGGAACGUUAAACCUCCCCCCCACCGGCAGAAGGCUCUUUCCCUACAGCAAAUGGAAAUGCAGCUGGAAAGCCCCCUCCAAGGCAACCCCAACAUUCCUGCUUGAAAAUGAUGCUAAAAUCGAUUACGCGAUACAGAAAGUACUAACGGGAUGAUGGACAAACACUGAGUGACAGACCCCGAGCAACUAAUUAAGGCUCCAAGACAGUGGCCAUGGCUGAGGGAAGCACGGCUACCAACGAAGAGCAACUCCUGAAGAGGGUGCAGGAGCUGGAAGAGGAGGUGAAGCGGCUGCAGAAUAAGCUCCAGGAGGACAAGGAGAGGAGUGGGAAAAGAGAGGCUCCUCCAGCUCCUGGGAAAGCCAAGAAACGCCAACAACGGCCAUUUGAUUUUGGUGCUUACGGACGCAGGCACGUUGCACUGAAGAUUGCCUACCUGGGCUGGGGCUACCAGGGCUUUGCCAGCCAGGAGAACACCAGCAACACCAUCGAGGAGAAGUUGUUUGAGGCCUUGAAGAAGACGCGGCUGGUAGAUGAGAGACAGACCUCCAACUACCACCGCUGCGGGCGCACGGACAAAGGAGUCAGCGCCUUCGGACAGGUGAUUUCCCUCGAUCUCCGUUCCAACCUGGCAGAGGGGAAGAAGCUAAACGGCCAUGACUCGGAAGGCAAGAGCGAGGGGGAGGAGGAGCUCCGCUACACCCAUAUUCUGAACAGGGUGCUCCCACCCGACAUCCGUGUCCUGGCCUGGGCCCCCGUGGAGCCUGAUUUCAGUGCCCGGUUCAGCUGCCUCAAGAGGACUUAUCGGUAUUUCUUCCCCUGUGCCAACCUGGAUGUCGCCCUCAUGGACGCUGCAGCCCAGAGGUACGUGGGGACCCACGAUUUCCGUAACCUGUGUAAAAUGGACGUCGCCAACGGGGUGGUCAACUUCCAGAGAACGAUCCUCAGUGCUGGAGUGACGUGGGUGGAGAGAGGAGUUGAAACUGGGCCACAGGAUCCCUUCCGUCUGUGCCAGUUUGAAGUGACGGGACAGGCCUUCCUGUAUCACCAAGUCCGCUGCAUGAUGGCCAUCCUCUUCCUCAUUGGGCAGAGGAUGGAGAGGCCGGAGAUCAUUGACGAGCUGCUGGAUGUGGAGAAGAAUCCCCAAAAACCACAGUACAGCAUGGCAGUUGAGUUUCCCCUCGUCCUGUACGACUGUGCCUUCGAAAACCUCCAGUGGCUCUAUGACCAAGAAGUGCAGGAGUUCAACGUCACCCACCUGCAGCAGCUCUGGGCCAACCACGCAGUCAAAACUCAAGUGCUGCGGAACAUGUUGGGAGGGUUAGACACUGCUCCCAUGGUGACCAGAGAAAGCUCGGGGAACAGCACGACCGUCCCCUGGGGAGAGAUGAAGCCUCCACUCUGCAGCCAGGUCAGCAGCUUUGUGGAAGGUGUUCAAGCUCGCACCUACAAGCCUUUACUGACCCGUCCCAAGUGCCAGGGGCUGGAGGCCCGAAUCCGCCACUUCGUGCGGAGGGGCCGCAUCGAGCCCCCCCAGGACCCGGGGCAGGCGGGGGACAUGGAUGAAGACAGGGACCAGGAGCCCCUGGAGACCAAGGGUGGCCACCGCCGCCAUGCCCCCGGGAACAGCAGUGCCACUCAGCAGCCUCCCAAGAGGGUCUGCGUCGACAUCGAGUGACAGGUCACCUUGGUGGGAGAAGGCCAGGUGACCGCUUCACUUAUAUUUUUUUUUUAUUAAUUAAGAAAAAAAUAGGGAGUUUUCCAGUGCUAUUUUUAUAAAUUUCAAGAAAACUCGA